AUGCCAUCUCAAUUAUUGAUUCCAUAUCUACAUCCACGCUUUUAUUCAUUACAUAACAUGCCUAUCGAUGCUGGAACAUAUGGACCGGAUGGAAUAAUUAUGCCACCGCCCUUAAAUUUAAGUAGUGAAAAAUUAGAACGCCAUGGUGCAUACUUAUUAGAGGAUGGCCAAAAUAUUUUUAUCUGGCUUGGUAGACAAGUAGUGCCUCAAUUAUGUAUGGAUUUAUUGAAUGUUCGUUCAUACGAAGAAGUCCAUUCUGGAAAGGUUACCCUAUUGCAACUGGACAAUUCAUUCUCACAACAUGUGAAUGCAAUUAUUGGUAAAACUCGAGAAUCACGGCGAGGUGUUUAUUAUCCUCAUCUUUAUAUAGUAAAAGAAGAUGGUGGUGAUCCAUCGUUACGAUUAUGGUUCUUAUCACACAUCAUAGAAGAUCGCACGGAUACAGUGAUGAGUUAUCAACAAUGGCUAGGGCAUUUGAAGGAUAAGGUUAACACAGGUUCAUUUUAA